GUUUUGAUCGUAUGGCCAUACCGUACACUGUGAUCUGAUCAAUAUAUCCGGUGCCACGGGAAAGUAUGCUGUCGCCAUGGCUACACGGUCUUUCUCAAGCAUGCUCUGUGCGCCCUGUGGUCCAUAUAUAUGUAUACAAUACUAUUACACUUUUUUUGUUUCGUUCUAUUCGUGAGUUCACACGGUACGAGUGCAUUGUAAUAAUGUAGGUACCUAAUCGAUUCAUGUGUAUACGUCUAUAACACUUGUUAUUACAAUAUUAUGUUCAAAAUAGUAUUAUCUACGUAGUAAUAUACAGGUAUUAUAAUGAUGAAACAAAAGUGGACAGAUUUUUUUUUUUAAAAAAUUGAAAAUUUCCAAGUUUAGGUACAAUAACAUUCUUCUUUGUUCGCGAGUUUCGUCAAUUCAAUUCUUUGUUUUUGUAAACGCGUUUAAGGUAUCGACAUUUACCUAAUAAAUUUAACACCAUGAUGAGUAAGAUAGUUUCGAGUGUUUUUUCGGUGUUGUUUUUUGGUUUGUUUUUCGUGCUCGAUAACAAUAAUCGCAUUAGCGCGGAGCACUCGGAAAAGGAGAACACCGACAACAAUCCGUACGAAUAUCACAUCGGUGGAGUUUUGAGCAGCAACAAAAGUGAAAGUUUUUUCAAACAAACGAUCGAAGUACGUACAUACUCUAUUCAUAAAAGUGUAUUUACCUACAGAUUGGCUAAGGUACUAAAAAAAAAAGGUAUAUAGGUAUAUGGUUUACAAAGUAUAUUAAUUUUAUGUAUUUUGAUACAAACUACAAUACAGAACUAGAAAAUAUACAACUACCAAACAUACAUAAAUUAUAAAAGAUAAGUACUUUAAAUUUUUUUAAUUUUCAUAAUUCAUCGUUAAUCCAUGGUUAUUCUGUUACCUAUUUUGUAUACCUAUAGCAACCUAUGAUCAGUGGCGGCUCGAAGUAUUUUUAUCCUAAAUCAUUGAUUUAAUUUUCCACCCAACUAUAAAUGUAUUGAAUAAAAUUCAUAAAAUGUAUUAAAUGUCUGCAGUUUAAAAUUCUUUAAGUAAUUUUUAUUUUAUAAAAACAUAAUAAUUUUUGUUAUAUCAUUGAACACCCAGGCACCCACAACCACUUUAGAGUGGAAUGAAGAAACUUAUGGUUUUACAAUGAUUUUUUUUCUGUGGACAAUUUUUUCUACAAGAUAUUUUGCUCCUAUUCACAAUGAUAGCAUUUUUUCUGUAAGGAAAUCUGACUGGGAAGAUACUUUAGGGAGGUCAUUUUUUGAUUUUCCCAGGAGUUUAUCUAAUAAAUGGGACACACCGGGGAAAACAUGGGAAAGACAUAGGAAAUAUUAUUAAAGAAAAUAUAUAGUUCCUAUGUAAUUAUUUUACCAUAAUAUGACAUAUAUAUUGUUGAUAAAGCAACACUUUUAACUGAACUCCGCUCAGAAUCGUUUUUUGUUAUAUAACAAUGGUUUAUCGUUGCUUACAGGUAUACAUUAAAUUCUCCCUCUGUUACCUUCCCAACUUCUAACCUACAACAGUGGCUUACUUACGAGCGAAGUAUGUUCGUCUUUUACUUGCCCUUAAAAAAAAUUAAUCUUAAAAAUAUUUUUGUACACGAUCAACCUUUUAAAGGUUUUUCAUUAUAUAAAUUUUAUUUUCAUAUUGAUGAACAUUACUGCAAUAUUGGUAAUGAUUUAAUAAAUAUGUACUUUUUAUACUAUUUAAUUAUUUAUUUAUAUUAUUAUUUCAAGAUUUAGUGAUUCGUUUUACUACUAAAAAGAUACGGGCAUACUUCUCACGAUGGGUGGGUCACUAUUGUAGGUGAUAAGUUGGGAAGAUAGAGGGAAAAUUUAACCUAUAUCUGUACACAACGAUUAACCAUUGCUAACGAAAAACGAUUCUAAGCGGAGUUCGGUUAAUAAUGUUCUUUUGUCAAUAAUACAUAUGUCAUAAUAUGGUAAAAUAAUUACAUAUGCAUUACAUAAUUUCUUUAAUAAUAUUUAUUUAACAUUGUACCUAUUUUCCCGUUUCCUAUACAUUUUUUUCCAGUUUUUCUCAUUUAUUAUAAAAAGAGCUGUUAAAAUCAAAAAAUAAUCACCCCAGUAAGAUUGCCUAUUAGAAGAAGUGGUAUAAUUGAAAAUCAGAGUAAAAUCUUUGGUAAAAAAAGUUGUUUACAGAAAAAAAAUAAAUAAUAAACAAUAUUGUAAAACUAAUACAUAAUUCCUCACUCCGCUCAGAAUCUACAAUUUUAUAUUAUGUCAAUAUUGCUGUAAUAUUAUUUUUUUCAAUAUUAUCAAAUAAUAAAAGACUGAUAAUUUAUAUGGAUUUUUGGAUUUUCAUAUCUCUGUCAUUAUAUAAAAGUACACAUUUUAUUACAAUUAUCCGUCAAUCAGUGGUGUGCCCAGGAGUUAUCAAUAGGAAGAGAUGUAGCAAAUAAGAAUCAUGAAUAAAUUAUAAAUUUAUCUUCUCUACCCAAAUUGAUUGUGGAAAAUGGUGAUUUAAAAGCCGGAUCCCAAAAAAGCCAAUUUCUAAUCAAUUUGUUAAAUUUUUCUUUGUAACUUGGCUGAAAUAAAUAUAUUUAGACAUUAGAUUACUCAUAUUUUUUUUAUAUUUUAAGUCAAUGGGGGAUAUAAUCCCUACCAUCCCUUCUGCGCACGCCACUACCGUCAAUGUUGUACCGACAAAUAAUUAAGUACCUAUCUUGUAUCUUUUAGCACAGAAAGAUACAAGAUCCCAUAGUAAAAAGUGUCUUGAUCCAAAAUAUAAGAUAUGUAUCUGAUUAUGUAUCUGUGCAAUUGUUUAACUAUUCUUAACCAUCUAAAUUUAUAAUUGUAAUAUUUUGUAGCAUCUCAAUUUCAAUACGCCGUUCAUGAAACCCGGCAAUACUUUUUAUGCUCACUCCAUAAAAAUGGAUCCGAAUCCGAUUAAAACCGCUCUGAACGUUUGCAAACAGCUCAUCGUACGCCGAGUAUACGCCGUCAUUGUGUCUCAUCCACAAAUCGGCGACCUGUCUCCGGCCGCCGUGUCGUACACGAGUGGCUUUUAUCAUAUACCCGUCAUCGGUAUAUCGUCCAGAGAUUCAGCGUUUUCUGAUAAAGUAACGAUAUACAAUAACAUUAUUAUGCACAGGACCGUAAUUGGGGAAAGGGGAUCCAUGUACAACAAAUAUGCUCUAGUGUCAAAGCUGGGCAGUAACUUGUCAAAAAGCUAGGAAUAAUUUUUUUGUUUGUAUUACAACACACUUUGUGUAAGUAUCACGAAAAAUAAAAAUACACACCUAUCACCUCCGUCUUUAUUAUAGGCAAAUAGGCAGUUAAAAUAUUUUAUUAUCAUCGCUACUAUCAUAAUUAUUUAAAUUUAAUUACAUGUGUGCACUACUCUAGGUAGGGGGGUUGGAUACUCUUAUCCCCUCGUAAUUAUAACACUGAUUGUAUUUAAGGGUAGGUAACUUUUAAGGUAACCAUAAGGUAACUUUUUUCGUAUCUAACUUAAAUUAAUAUUUUUCUGAAAAUUUCUUAUCUAAAUAAUAUCUUAUAGUUAUUCAAAUUCAUUUAUAUUUAUAAACUAACUUUAAGUAGCUAAGCUUAGUUUUUUUCUUGGAAAGGGGAGGAAAUCUUACCUUAAACUCACUAAAUAAUUAGUUAAUUUACCCAAUUUUGAUUAGCGUCUAAUUUAACAAGCGAGAAGAGAUUAAUUGUAGUCAUGGGCGCCCGCAGGAAAUUUAUCAGAGAGGGGUAUUAUAAAAUCAAACAUCAAAAAUACUUAAAAUACAAUUAUAUCUGAAAUUUUAAAUUCCAGGGGAAUUCAGAUGAUCCGUUUUGCCCCCCCCCCCCCUCCGGGCGCCCAUGAUUGCAGGUCAUCACAUCGGCUGACAAAAAAAUGUAUGGUCUACCCGAAAUUUGUUUCUGUUUACGGCCUCUUAAAAUAACUUACAUUUGGUGUACUUCUUCAGUCUUAUUGCCAUGUUCAAAAUCAUAUUUGUUUGCAGAACAUUCACGUAUCGUUCCUCCGUACCGUGCCACCCUAUUCACAUCAAGCCGAAGUGUGGGUCGAAUUGCUCAAAUAUUUCAACUAUUUAAAGGUAACUAUGUUAAAUAAAUAAUUAUAUAUAUUAUACAUUAUAUAAACAAUAUGGGUAACUUUAUAAGAUUUGUAAAAAAAAAAAUGGUACCUUUAUAUGCGCAGGUGAUAUUUAUUCACAGUUCCGAUACGGACGGCAGAGCAUUUGUCGGGCGAUUUCAGACUACUUCCCAAAAUCAAGGAGAAGACAUCGAAAAAAAAGUUCAGGUCCGUAAAUUAUAAUCUUCUUCUUCUUUUUCUUCUCCUCGUGUCGGUCAGUGUUUCUUAUUAGAUUAAAAUUCUUCCUUUUCCCCUAUAUUCAAUGAUUCUUAUUACUCCAUCUAUGAUUUCUGUUACAGCUCAAUAAGCCAUCAUGAGGACUUUCAUUUCACAUCUUUUAGGUGCCAAUAUACGCUUAAGUAGAUGGCUUGCUGUUUGUUAUCCAUUCACAUUCCGUAUCGUCUAUCAUUCCCCAUUUACUUAAAUUUUCUUUAGUUCUUCCUACCUCAGUUAGUUGAGAGUUUUCCGAAUUUUCCAAGGUAGGUGGGGGCAUAAUUUGAACCCACACAUGACGUCUCUGGAAUCAGCGAUUAUUGUAAAUGACAAAUGAUCUACGAAAAGUAACAUAGAAUACAAUUUCCGUCGAUCAAUCCUACCAAAUACAGUCAGUGUAACAAAAGGCCCUUGUCAGGGCCAAGCUUAACGAUAAUGUCGAUGAAUACUAAAAGACACCUAAAAAAUAAUUCUUCUAUCAAAAAUUUCAAAGAAACUAAGUGUGGCGCAUUAUGCGUACAAGACACAUCGUACUGACGUAAUGAAUUAAUAAUAUAUAUUCUGGUUAAUUUAAAAAGAUAUUGUAGACUAUCAUAAAUAUCCAUGUCCUGUAUGUUUUAUAUUUGCGUAGAAUUUUUCAUCUCGUAUGAAAAAAACGAUGUUCGCACAAAAUCAAUCAAAAAAAUACUAACAUACACUUUGCAUGUAGUUGCAGCCACUAUUGUAGAUGGGAAGUUGAGAAGAUAGGAUACAGAAGGAAAUUUAAUGUAUAUCUCUAAGCAACGAUAAACCAUUGUUAAUGAAAAAUUGAUUCUGAGCGGAAUACAAUUGAUAGUGAUGCUUUUCCCCGGUUUUUCACAUUUGUUGAGAAAAAUUUUGGGAAAAUCGAAAAAUAACCUGUCUAGAAUACCUCCCCAGUCAGAUUUCCUUUAAAAAAAACUGCUGUCACUAUAAAUCGGAGCAAAAUUGCUGGUAGAAAAUUUGUUCACAGAUAAAAAAAAAAAAAAAUUUAAUACCAAUACAUUCCUUACUCCGCUCAGAAUCUAAAAUUGUUUUGCCAAAAUGUUGAAAAUAAAAAACUACAGAAAAUAAUUAGUAUAUUUUUAAUUAAUACGAGUAUAUUUUCCCUAAAAAAUGUAAAAACAAAUGUCACGUAUUUCAUUAUAUAUUUUGGUAUUCUAUCAUUUGCAUUCAUAUUCCGACAAAAUGAAUGAAUUCGCAUUCAUCAUUCUUUAAUAGUAAAAGUAAGUGAAUUCACGAAUGUAUUACUCUAAAAAGAAAUUCAAUUCGAUGUAUUAUCUCCAACCACUCAAAAUCCAAUAGCUCGAACACUUUUCUCGAUGUUAUAGGUGGAGUCUGUUAUCGAAUUCGAACCUGGUCUGAUUCAUUUUAACAACCAGUUAAACGAAAUGAAAAACGCACAGGCCAGAGUGUAUCUGAUGUACGCAAGCAAAAUAGACGCCGAAGUUAUUUUCAGAAACGCGGCCAACCGGAACAUGACUGAGGCCGGAUACGUGUGGAUCGUUACGGAGCAAGCUUUGGACGCCGUUAAUGUACCGGAAGGUACUAUCGGGCUGAAAUUGGUCAACGCUUCCAACGAGUUCGCUCAUAUAUACGACAGCAUGUAAGUAUAGUACGAUAAGUAAUUCAUGUGCCAUGAACUACCAUUGAAGUGUGACUGGUUUUUUCGCCAUCCGAUUCACAGAUAUAUAUUGGCUUCAGCGAUUUCGGACAUGAACCGAACGAAAACCAUAACGCAACCACCCGCCGAUUGCGACAAUUCUGGCAGUAUUUGGGAAACCGGUAGAACUCUUUUCGAGUGAGUAUACUUUUACUCAAUAGAGUAGAAAAUGAAUAAGUUGCAACUUGCAAGUAUGUGGUUAUUAUAUUUAUUUUUCAUUCGUACACACAGAUAUAUCAAGAAGCAAGUAUACAAAGACGGACACACGGGCAAAGUGGCGUUUGAUAACAACGGUGAUCGAAUAUACGCUGAAUACGAUAUAGUCAAUGUCAAACAAGUGACAAAUAAAGACGCUAUUGGAAAAUAUUACUUUGAUAAUGUAACCAAUGACGAGAUUUAUAUACGAUUUAUCUACAGUAUAUAUAGAUAUCUAAAAAAAGUUAAAUGAAAAAAAUUGUUUUAGGAACUAAAUAAAAUGAAAUUGCGGCUCAACGAAUCCAAUAUUAUAUGGCCAGGACGUUUGACGAAGAAACCCGAAGGUUUUAUGAUUCCGACUCAUUUAAAAGUGUUGACUAUAGAAGAAAAACCGUUUGUCUAUAUAAGACCAUUGAAAAAAGACAAUGGAAAUAGUUGCGAGUCGGAUGAAAUAAUGUGUCCGUUGUAUAAUACUUCGACUAAAGGUAAAAUAUUAUUAUAUUGCAUACCUAUAUAUAGUUAGUUUAUUUAAUUAUUAUCAUUUAAUUUCUAGAACCAAAGGUCUAUUGCUGUAAAGGAUAUUGUAUUGAUUUGCUUGUGGAGUUAUCCAAGACGAUUAAUUUCACGUACAGUUUAUCGUUGUCACCGGACGGACAGUUUGGAAACUAUGAAAUAAGAAAUAGAUCAGGUUCCAUAAUAUAUGCAAAAAUCUAAAGAAUCCAUAAUGGAUGUAUAAAAAUAUAUAAUUGUAUUACAGUGAGUGGGAAAAAAGAAUGGAACGGUUUGAUCGGAGAAUUAGUGUACGAACGAGCAGAUAUGAUAUUAGCCCCACUCACCAUUAAUCCAGAACGAGCGGAGUUCAUAGAAUUCAGUAAACCAUUCAAGUAUCAGGGAAUUACGAUUCUGGAGAAAAAGGUAAACUACGAAUAAUCGAAGAUUUUCCAUUUUCCAUUUAUUUUCAAUAAUACUUUAUACAGCCAUCGCGGUCUUCGACACUUGUAUCGUUUUUGCAACCGUUCAGUCACACGUUGUGGGUACUUGUCAUGGGUUCCGUUCACGUGGUAGCGCUCGUUUUAUAUCUUCUUGAUAGAUUCUCGCCGUUUGCCCGGUUCAAGUUGAUUAACGCUGACGGAACAGAAGAAGACGCGUUGAACUUAUCGAGUGCCACGUGGUUCGCAUGGGGAGUGUUGUUGAACAGCGGUAUCGGAGAAGGGACGCCCAGAAGUUUCUCGGCUAGAGUGCUGGGAAUGGUGUGGGCUGGAUUCGCGAUGAUCAUCGUGGCUUCGUACACUGCCAAUUUGGCUGCUUUUCUCGUGCUCGAGAGGCCAAAGACCAAGUUGUCCGGGAUCAACGACGCUAGGGUGAGUGUUUUAUUUGUAUGACGUGUUAAAUUGAAAAACACACACAGAUAUAUUUUAUGUAAUAAAAUCGAGUUUUUACAUUAUAGCAUAAAAUAAAAAUAUAAGAUGUAAUCAUUUUUAUUACCUAAUCAUGUUUGUUUUCCUGCAGUAAAACGUCGUAUUCGACUAUAUUAAUAUAAUAAUAAUAAUAAUAAUAAUAACAAUAAUAUUUAAAUAAGGAUUUGCUUUGUGAACAGCUCCGUAGUACGAUGGAGAAUUUGACUUGUGCCACUGUCAAGGGAUCCGCGGUCGACAUGUACUUUAGGCGGCAAGUGGAGCUAUCUAACAUGUACAGGACGAUGGAGGCUAACAACUAUGAAACUGCCGAAGAAGCCAUCCGUGAUGUGAAGAACGAGUAUGUAGCAAACACGUCGGUUUACUAUAGCUAUAAUAAUAUUUAUAUUUAAUAAUAUUAAAUAAUUAAUUUAAUAAUUUCUAAAAACACUAAUAACAUAAAAAAGUUAUGGUCAACAAUUAAAGAUAUAACAACCCAUACUCCAAGUAAAACACAGAGCUUCAACAUAAACAUUAACAAUAAAAUACACGACUCAAACAAGGAUGCCACCUUAGUCGCAAACAAAUUUAACUCGUAUUUUAUGUGAAUGGGGAUCCAAACAAGGAUAUUUUAAAUUAACAAAAAAACCACGCCUCCGUUAAUAAUAAUUCUAUUCAUUCAUUAUGUCUUAGAAUGACCAUGAAAGAAGAAAUUAAAAACAUGAAAGGUGACUCAGCCCCAGGUAAGGACAGAAUUUUUAUAAAAAUCAUAAAACGUAUUAAAGAAUAUAUAUUGGAUACCCUAGUGCAUAUAUUUAAUACGAUUUUACUGGAAGGCAUUAUACUGAAUUUAUUUGAAAUUGCAUUAAUAUCACUCAUACAUAAAGAUGAAGUUAAGUCAGAUAUUGUUAACUAUAGACCAAUCAAUUUCUAAAUAUAUUUUCAAAAAUAUUUGAAAGGGAAGAAAACUUCAUUUUACCAAAAUCUCAAUAUGAUUUUAGAAAAAACUUAGAUACGAAAGAUACAAUAGCUCAAUUCUCUAAUGAUAUAUACACCAACUUGGAAAAUAAAAACAAAACUCUUGGAAUAUCCAUGGACCUAAGUAGAGAUUUGAUAGCAUCUCUCAUGAUAAAUUGUUAUGUACUCUCUAAUCGAUAGGUAUAGAUAACAAACCUUAUGAACUUUUUGAAUCUUUAAAAGUAAAAUAGUAAACAGCAAGCACGAAUUUGUGAUACCUUUAGUGACGAAUUAUAAAUCACUCAUGGAGUUCCCCAAAGCACUGUUCUUUCUCCUUUCUUAUAUAUAAUAAUAUAAAUAGCGGAACUAAGUAGUUAAGGUGCAAAUAUACAUAGUAAAUUAUUCUCAUAUGCUGAUGACACGGCUCUAAUCGUAUCUAAAACUAGUUGGGAAAAGACUUAUGCUGAAAUAAAAAGAAAUACGCUGAGUCUGAUAUAUAUAUAUUAUCAACUAAUGGCUUUAUAAACACAAUUUAAAGCUAAAUUUUAGUAAAAUUAAAUUCAUAACCAAGUUAUAGAACUAAUAAUGAUUUAAAAAACAAACAGUACUAAAUAUCUAGGUGUCAUAUUUGAUUAAAAUAUAAAAUGGGAUAUUCAAAUUCAAAACUUAAUAAUAAAGAUGCAAAAGCUUAAUCACUUUUAUAUUGAUGUUAGAAAAGUACUAGAUAAAUCAAUUCUAUGCAUGACUUAUUUUGUAAUGACCUAAUCUAUUGUACAAUAUGGAAUUACCGCCUAGGGUGGACUAGAAAUAAUGACACAUAACAAACUACUUACAACACAAAAAAGCAUUAUAAUAAUAAUUUUAAAUAAACCAAAAUUUUACUCUUUAGAGAAGCUUUUUAAAGAAAUGAAUGUCUUCAAUGUUAAACAAUUAUUUCAUUGAAAUACGAGGUUACACCACAGUGGUGAAUUGGGCCAAAAACUCUUGUUAGUUAAAUUUUUUUUAUUUUAUUAAUUAUGUGUUAUUGUUAGACAUUAUUGCUACUUUAAACAUGUGCUAAUUAUUUUUAUGGCCGAAUAAAUAUAUUAUUAUUAUUAUACAGAAAUUUAAAAAUUAUUUUCCAGUAAACUCAUGGCUUUCAUAUGGGACAGCAGUCGUUUGGAAUUUGAAGCCGCACAAGACUGUCAACUAGUCACUGCUGGUGAAUUAUUUGGACGUUCUGGUUACGGGAUUGGUUUGCAGAAAGGAUCACCUUGGUCGGAAUCGGUGACCUUAUCAAUAUUGGAUUUUCACGAGAGUAUGCUUAUAAUGUUAAAAUAAUGUAGUCCUUGGUAAUAAAUUAUUAUUCUGAUCUGUUUGGCACUUUUAUUUAUCAGGUGGUUUUAUGGAGAGUUUAGACGACAAGUGGAUUUUUCAAGGUAGAGUGGAACAAUGUGAAGAUCAAGAAAAAACGCCAAACACGUUAGGGUUGAAAAAUAUGGCCGGUGUAUUUAUACUAGUUGCCGUGGGUAUAGUAGUCGGAAUGGUUUUAAUUGUUAUCGAAAUUGGCUACAAAAAGCACCACGUACGCAAGCAAAAUCGAUUGCAAUUGGCACGCAAUUAUGGACAAACUUGGAGGGCUAUAGUUCAGGUUAGUAUAGAUUGUUUAAAAAUAUUUGUAAAAAAAAUAUGUCCUAGGAUAAUGGAGAUAGUGCAGCCACUGUUAUAGGUAAUUUAAUUUAUACCUGUAAGGAAUGAUAAACCAUUGCUUACAAAUAAACGAUUCUGAGCGGAGUUCAGUUGAUAGUGAUGUUUUGUUAAAAAUAUAUAUGCCAUAUUGUAGUAAAACAAUUAAGUAGGCUCUUUAAAUUCUCUUUAAUAAUAUUUGUUUUAAGUUGUACCAAUUUCUCUGCUUUCCCUUAAUUUUUCUCGGUUUUCCCAUGUUUUUUCCCAGUUUUACACAUUUGCUAAGAUAACUCCUGAAAAAGUAGAUAAACGAAAGAAAUUUCCUUUUAGAAAAAUUGCUAUCAUUAAAAGUUGAAGAAAAAUUACUGAUAGAAAAGUUGUCAACAGGAAAAAAGAAGGCCAUAAUAUCUUUGCUAAUACCUACAUUUCUUACAUUUUCCCAUUUUUUUUUUUCAGUUUUUCGUAUUUGACAAGAAAAUUUGAGAAAAUCAAAAAAUUGACUUUUUUAAUAUAUCGAUUUCCUUUCAGAAAAGUUGUUACACGUAAAAAUUCGAGCAAGUCCUCUGGUAGAAAAGUUAUCUACAGAAAAAAAAUAAAUAAACAUUUUUAUUAAAUCAUAAGCUUCUUCGCUCUACUCAGAAAAUGAAAAAAACAUUAUUAUGCAAUUUUUAUACAGUCUAAUGUGUACCUACCUACUAAAAUAAUUUAUUUUUAUAGAAACGAAAGUUGAUGAGAAUGCAAGGUCGAAGUAGUGGCGUAGGAGCACUUAGCCUAUCCGUCGAAGCGUUGCCUAGAAGUGUACUAAAUAUUCAAAGUCCUAUUCGAUCGAUUGAUACGUUGCCGAGGACUUGUCGUAACUCCCCGAGUCCGACGCGUGCUUGGUCAGGUAGACAAAUGGUACACAGAAAGAGUGAUGAUAUUCCGCUCCGAUCACCGGUUGGAGGCAAUCCUCCUCAAUUACAUUUCCACAACAACUUCAUGUAACCACCGUUGCCAUCAAAUAAUUCAUAAUUAUCACUAUUAUACGUACGAUUUAUAAUGAUAUAAUGAGUAAUAGAUUGUAUUUGAUAGAUAAGUAAUCUAAUCUAUGUUAUAUGUAUACCUAGUCAUUAAACAGUUUAAUAAUAAAAUUAAGAUUAUUUAUAUAAUAUUAGCGAUAGUUUUAUAACAACAUCUAUCUCGGUAAAUAUUAUAAAAUCAAUGUUAUUAGUUGUAUACCUAUAACAUAAGUCCAAGCUUUUUGGUAUCUAUUGAAAAUUAUACACCUAGUUUAUCACAUGGUUCUUUUCACUAUGUACUCGACAAAAUAUAAAGAUGCAGUAUAACUAUAGUUAAAUUUGUUAUUAUGUUAAUUUGUUUGUGUAAAUUUUAUUAUACACGUUAAAAUUUAACAACUGUUCAAUGAUGAAUCUUAUAAAUAUUAUUAAUAUUUAAUAUAAUAUACAACAAUAUUAUUGUUAUUAUUUAUAUACUUAUUUAGCUAUUAUUUAAUAUUAUAUAAAUACACAAUAUUUAAUUAGACAUACAUAUUUAUAUAAUAUAUGUAUACAUAUACAAUUUAUUGUGAAACAUACAUAUUAAUUUUAAUUUCCUAGAGGCUUAAAUAUAGUUGAACAAUUUGGAAAAUGUAUUUAUGUUAAAUAAUUGCAAC